GGCUCUCCUCUAAGCUCCGGUUGUUGACACUCUCCAAAAGUCCGCACGGCUCUCACGGAUAACGGAGACACUAUUACAGCUCGUCGCGGCUCCCUCUGUUCCCUCUGCGGCCCGGCUCUUGGACGGACAAACCGAAAGCACCGGACUGUCCGCGUGGAUUUUUGCGACUGUCUGUGCUGUGAACUUUCCGUGCUCCCUGCAAGCUCGUGACGCCGUCUCCUUCCUCUCCUUCCUCCGUCCCGAGACCGAGAGAAAUGGCAGAGAAGCGGCGGUCUCCGUGCGCGCUGAGUGUCAAGGCGCAUGCAUUCUCGGUAGAAGCGCUGAUCGGAGCGGAAAAGAGACGCAGGACGGCCGGAGAGGAUACUGUGUCUCCUGGCUACGAGGACGGAACUGAUGUCGCUGAUCUAACCGGGAGCCCGGGGCCGCGGGCCGACAGAGCGUGCACCAGCGACAGGGGCAGCGAGGCAGAAUGUGCAAGUGACGGAUCCCCAGAGAGCGAGGACGCGCUGCUGGAGAGCCCGCAGCCCGCAGCUGUGUGCACGGCGCCGGUAACCGGCACCGGAGAGGAGACCCGCGUGGACCUGCAGGGAUCAGACCUGUGGAAACGGUUCCACGAGAUUGGCACGGAAAUGAUCAUUACCAAGGCUGGACGGCGGAUGUUCCCCGCUAUGCGUGUCAAGAUUACGGGCUUGGACCCACAUCAGCAGUAUUACAUUGCCAUGGAUAUAAUCCCCGUGGACAACAAACGAUAUAGGUACGUGUACCACAGCUCCAAAUGGAUGGUAGCGGGGAAUGCGGACUCUCCUGUGCCGCCUAGAGUGUACAUCCACCCGGACUCCCCUGCCUCAGGAGAGACGUGGAUGCGUCAGGUGGUCAGCUUCGACAAACUUAAACUGACCAAUAACGAACUGGACGACCAGGGACAUAUCAUUCUGCACUCCAUGCACAAGUACCAGCCGCGGGUCCAUGUGAUCCGUAAGGAGUGUGGAGAGGAGCUGUCCCCAGUGAGAGCAGUCCCUGCUGGGGAAGGCACCCGCACAUUCUCCUUCCCUGAGACUGUGUUCACCACCGUCACAGCAUAUCAGAAUCAACAGAUUACAAGGCUGAAAAUUGACAGAAACCCAUUUGCCAAGGGCUUCAGAGACUCUGGCAGAAACCGGAUGGGUCUGGAGGCUUUGGUUGAGUCGUAUGCAUUCUGGCGUCCAUCUCUGCGAACACUCACAUUUGAGGACAUUCCUGGCAUGGCCAAGCAAGGGGUCCCUGGAGCUCAUGGAGGGGUCGGAGCAUCACCUCACCUGCUCUCCACAUCCCCGUGCUCCUCACCUUUCCAGGUUUGCCCUCUCAGCCCGCCUGACUACACCUGCAGCCGACCCACACACCCUCUCCAUCGUUAUAGCAACCCCCCGGAGCCGUUCCCCCCUCCCAGAGGUCCAUCGGUGUAUGAAAGCGAAGGAUUCUGUUCCCUUCCUCUCCCUGCUUCUCAACUUGGCUAUCUGUCCAACCCCACCCCGCAGGGUUACGCUGGGCUGCGCCUCCACACACCACCCUACAGCCUGUACGGUUACACAUUCCCUCCCUCACCACGCCUCGCUGCCAGCCCAGAUAAAAUGGCCGCCGCUGCCACUGCCAAUCAUCAAAGUCCCUUCCUUGGCUCAUCUCCCAGUGGGACUCUAACGGACAGUCUGGGCGUGCUCAGUGGAGGACAGCAGGGCUUCUUGUUUGACUCUCGGACUUUAGGACUGGCAGGUAGCCAGCCGGGAGGUGGGGCCUCACAGGUCACUGCCCACAUGGGCUGAAUUUGACUCUGGACAUCUAGGGUUGUCACAAAAACAAAAUGACACCCUGGAAUGGGUGUAAGUUGCUUUUGUUCCAGAACGUUCUACAAAUUAAUCAUCCAUGUGCUGAACAAGCAUUGGGCUGAAUUGUGGACAAGCAGAGACAGUGACAGAUCAAGCUACUGCCUCUUUGAGCAUAAAGAGCUUGUCAAAGCUUCUUUAACUGAAAGGAAUAUUUUUUAUCGAGUUCUUAUCUUUCAAGUAUGUUCUCUAGGACAUGCAUGUGCAGCUGCAGUGGUCACUAAAGGGAGAAACCUCCUGCAGCUUUGGAUAAUGGACAAUGUAACCCAGUGACUGAACUGGAACUGAAUAUGGAUUGGGCAGAAACUGGGCUGGCCCAGGCACUCAAAGCAAGCACUUCAACCCCUGGCAGGCCCUGAAGCAGUAACUAUUAUACUCACAUUCUGCAUUGCUCCUUGAUCUUGCCUACUUUGGAUGGAGUUACAGAACACUACUUCUAAACUUGUUUUUAUGGGAUAUAUCAACCAAAAAUUCCUUUUGUCAAUUAAAUUCUUUGUCUUUACAUGCCUGGUGGUGUUCUCGAUCAAAUCUUUGGAUUAACAAACAUGUAGCUCAAGUCCAUCUAGUAAUAUGCACUACAGGCAGGGCCUUUUCA